UACCUGCUACACGCCGACCACGAGACUAUCAAUCUCAUCUAUUAUCUUGGCCUUCUCCCUCGCAUCGCGCCGGCUACUCUUCCCUUUUUCUUCUCUCUUCCUCCCUCACUUCAAUCUCACUUCACUACCUAACCGUCAUCCUAGCUCCACUCCAUUCCUCCCUAUCCCUCCUCCCCGGUCGUCUCCCUCCCCAAUUCGACCUCUGCCGUCAUUGCCUCUCUUUCUUCCCCUUCGGCCACGAUGAGCUCGCCGCAGGACCAUCGCUCGAGCAGCCCUCGAGUAGGCUCAUUCAAACGUCCCUCAGUACUCAACGCCGACAGCGAUCCAUCACUUCUGGCCACCAGAGGCAACGGCGCCUUGGUCUCCCUCAUCCGGAACCGAUCCAAUGCCACUCUGCGAGAGUCGCUCAAGAGCCCGGCCUACCACCAGCUGGGUCACGAAGAAGAGGAGCAUGAGAGCACCUCUCUGCUCGGCUUCCUGCACAGGGACUCGGACGAUGACCACCACCGCUCCGCCGCCGAGGAGCGCCGUCUAAGCGAACUCAUUUUCGGCCCUCAGAUGAGGAGCAUGCGCCUUAUCGGGAACAGCAACCCGCGCUAUCAAUGGGAGCGCUAUUGGAAGACGGAGGCCGAGCUUGAGGUUAUGCCAAAGCAUAUCCGCGAAUAUUACGAGAGAAACAACGAUUUGAUUCGCAUGUACCUAUACAUCGACCAGCUCUUGGAUUCAUCCGUGCCCCACGAUCUGCUCAACGAGUAUCACCAAGCUCUAGACGCUUCGGCCUACCGCCCAGUCGAUGUUCCCCAGACCAUUACCGAGGAGUCGCCAACUCCCACCUCACCACCGUCCAGAGGCGGCCUCACCUACGGCAGCACUACUGCUUCAGCCCAAAACAGCAGCACGGAGCAGAGUAGUUCGGCAAACAGCAUACAGCAAAAGGCGAAACGCAAACCCAAGGACAUUUUUCGGUCCACCGAGGCGACCCCACUUCUCAAUGGCCACGACGAGGAGGAAGGUUUAGCCGAUCAGCCCAAGCCCGAGAUCCCAUGGCUCGAGGACACCGACCUCGACAGCAGCGACCCCAUCGUCACUCUCGCCAUUUGGGUCAAUUUCAUCGCCAACGCAGCUUUGCUGAUCGGAAAGAUUCUCGUUGUCUUCUCCGUACCUUCAGUCUCAGUACUCGCCAGUUUGGUAGACGCGGUUCUCGACUUCCUCAGCACGGCAAUUGUGUGGACGACGACUAGGCUCAUUGCCGCCAGCCAAAAUGACCAGCAUUCAUAUCCUGUAGGCAGACAGCGUCUCGAGCCUCUUGGCGUGCUGGUUUUCUCCAUCGUAAUGGUUACAUCCUUCUGCCAGGUCGCUCUCGAAGCUAUCCAGCGUCUCAUGUCGCCCGACCAUGAAAUUGUUCAGCUCGGCAUUCCGGCCAUCUCCAUUAUGGUUGGUACUGUGGUGAUCAAGGGUUUGUGCUGGCUCUGGUGUCGUCUCAUCAAGAAUUCGAGCGUUCGGGCUUUGGCCGACGAUGCUAUGACCGAUGUCAUCUUCAACACUGGCUCCAUCCUGUUCCCCAUCGUUGGCUACUUUGCCAAAAUUUGGUGGCUGGAUGCGCUCGGCGGUCUUCUGCUAUCUCUCGUCGUCAUCGUCAACUGGAGCGGAACCUCGAUGCACCAUGUCCGAAACCUGACGGGCUUUUCGGCGACUUCGGAUGAGAGAAAUCUCCUCCUCUACCUCACCAUGCGCUUCGCCACGUCCAUCAGACAGAUCCAAAAUCUGCGGGCCUACCACGCGGGCGACAAGCUGUUCGUUGAGGUUGACAUUGUUCUCAACGCCAACAUGCCUCUGAAGGAUAGCCACGAUCUCAGUGAAGUUCUGACCUACUUCCUCGAGUCGGUGCCCAUUGUCGACCGCGCCUUUGUGCAUGUCGAUUACGCAACAUACAACGUUGACACGCACAUCACUCAAUAACCGUGCAGCCAAAGCAGUGCUGCAUAACACAAAACUCUGUAAUACUAAGUACGGGCUUUAUCUCGGUGGCCCUUUUCAACAGUCUUCUCAAUAUCUCCGCAUCUCUUGUACCGGUUGGGAGUGUCGGCAGAUCAUCAUUCCAGGGCGGGAAAGAGUGGGCGCCGCGGCGCAAUGUAAACAGGAGUACGAGGC